CGCGCGAGAGGGGCAGUUUAAGCAAGCGGGAAGAAGCAGCCCGCACAACACGGACACUACAACAGAAGGAAUGGAGCCGCCGAUGUCCCCUCGAGAGUCCGGUCGGUUUGUGUCCGAGCGCAGUCGGGAUGUGUUUGUGGAUGAAGACGGUGUUAAACGUGUGGCACAGAUGAUCUAUGAGCUCCGGGACAGUGAUGAGUUCACCGCCAGCGGCUGGAAGAAGAUGAAUCCACUGGCACCCUCACCGGACUCAGACGACGCCAUCAACUGGGUGUUUGUGACGGACACCAUGAACUUCUCCUUCUGGCCUGAGAAAGAGGACGAGCAGUGCGAGGUGGUGUGCAGGGGAGACACCUAUCGAGGGUACAUGUCUCUCUGUGCCGCCAUCACCAGAGCCAUGGAGGAAGGAGUGCCCAUUACAAACCCUAGCUUCUUCAGUCAGAUCAGUGAGUCCGAGUUGGCAAAGGUGCUGCGUUCGGACAGCUCUACACCCAUGCCCAUGCUGAGAGAGCGGCACCAGGCCCUGACGGAGGCUGGACGGGUGCUCGUCAAGCACGGAGGAUCUUUCCGCACAUUUAUGAGCCCAUGUGAAAAUGAUGCCCAGAAGAUGGUCCAGCACAUUGUGGAGAACAUCCCAUCAUAUAGAGAUGAAGCCACAUUUGAGGGUAAGAGAAUCUCGUUUUACAAGAGGGCUCAGAUUCUUGUGGCAGACUUUUGGGGCAUCAUGGAGGCACGAGGAGAAGGCAACAUCCCUAACCUCGACUACCUGACCAUGUUCGCUGACUACAGGGUCCCACAAGGCCUGGUGUACCUGGGGGCUUUACGCUACUCCGAUGCCCUUAUGGAGACACUUAAAAAUGGUGAAUUGUUGAGCUCGGGGGAGAGGCGAGAGGUGGAGAUCAGGGGUUGCUCCAUCUGGUGUGUGGAGAAGAUCCGACAGCAUCUGUGGAAACUGGUGGAGGAGAAAGAUGGGAAGAGCUGCCACAUCAACUCUGCUCUCAUCGACUUUUACCUGUGGCCAUAUGCCAAAAAACACCACAAAGAAAUGGCCCACAUCCCAAUCCAUCACACACGGUGCAUCUACUAUUGACAGCAUCGCCUUUUUCUAUCAUGCUGUUUAUAACUCUAAAUAAAAUGGUGAAACGAGGCGAUAUACAUCUGGAA